GGGAGCCGGAGGAGGAGCGGCCGCCGCCGCCACCGCCGCCGCCAUAGAGACUGUAGCCGUGGAGACUGUUACUUACCAACGGGGACCAACACGCAGCAGCCGCCACCGCCGCCGCGGGAGCCGUUGCCCGAACUCCCUGCCCGAACUCCAGACCUGAGCAUGCAGAACUCAGAGAGUGGAUCGGAUUCCCCGGCUUCCGUGGCUUUGUGUUCGUCGGCGGCUGCCCAGGCGCCCGUGGCCCAGCCAGUGACAGCCUCCCCGCAGAGGGUGUUGGUCCAGGCAGCGGGCUCGGCUCCCAAAGGGGCCCAGAUGCAGCCACUCUCCCUCCCCAGAGUCCAGCAGGUGACACAGCAGGUCCAGCCGGUGCAGCACGUGUACCCCACCCAGGUGCAGUACGUGGAGGGCGGGGACGCCAUCUUCACCAACGGAGCCUUGCGGACGGCCUACGCCUACAACCCUGAGCCUCAGAUGUACGCCCCCAGCAGCGCCGCGUCCUACUUUGAGGCCCCAGGCGGCGCCCAGGUGACCGUGGCAGGCUCCUCCCCGCCCGCAGUCCCCUCCCACAGCAUGGUGGGCAUCACCAUGGACGUCGCGGGCAGCCCCAUCGUCUCCAGCGCAGGAGCCUACCUUAUCCACGGGGGGAUGGACGGCACCAGGCACACCCUGGCCCACACGUCCCGCUCGUCGCCGGCUACGCUUGAAAUGGCGAUUGAAAACCUCCAAAAAAGCGAAGGGAUCACCUCUCACAAAAGCGGUUUACUCAACAGCCAUCUGCAGUGGCUCCUGGAUAAUUACGAGACCGCGGAGGGCGUGAGUCUCCCCAGAAGUUCACUCUACAACCACUACCUGCGGCACUGUCAGGAGCACAAGCUGGACCCAGUGAACGCUGCCUCCUUUGGGAAGCUAAUCCGCUCCGUGUUCAUGGGCCUGCGGACACGGCGGCUGGGCACCAGGGGCAACUCCAAGUACCAUUACUACGGGAUCCGCCUGAAGCCAGACUCGCCCCUGAACCGGCUGCAGGAGGACACGCAGUACAUGGCCAUGCGGCAGCAGCCGGUGCAUCAGAAGCCCAGGUACCGGCCAGCCCAGAAGACGGACAGCCUUGGGGAGAGUGGCUCGCAUAGCAGCCUGCACGGCACGCCCGAGCAGGCUACGGCUGCCCAGAGCCAGCACCACCAGCAGUACAUCGAUGUGUCCCACGUCUUCCCCGAGUUCCCGGCGCCCGACCUGGGCAGCGUUCUGCUGCAGGAGAGCAUCACGCUGCACGACGUCAAGGCCCUCCAGCUGGCCUACCGGCGGCACUGCGAGGCCACUUUAGACGUCGUCAUGAACCUCCAGUUCCACUACAUUGAGAAGCUGUGGCUCUCCUUCUGGAAUUCUAAAUCCUCUAGCGAUGGUCCCACCUCUCUACCCGCCAGUGACGAGGAGCCAGAAGGCGCCGUCCUCCCCAAGGACAAGCUGGUGUCUCUGUGCAAGUGCGACCCCGUCCUCCGGUGGAUGAGGACCUGCGACCACAUCCUAUACCAGGCGCUGGUGGAGAUCCUUAUUCCUGACGUGCUGCGGCCCGUGCCUAGUACCCUGACACAAGCCAUCCGCAACUUUGCCAAGAGCUUGGAAGGCUGGUUGACCAACGCCAUGAGCGACUUCCCACAGCAGGUCGUCCAGACCAAGGUCGGUGUGGUGAGUGCCUUUGCGCAGACCCUGCGGAGGUACACAUCCCUCAACCAUCUGGCGCAGGCGGCCAGGGCAGUGCUGCAGAACACCUCCCAGAUCAACCAGAUGCUCAGCGACCUCAACCGCGUGGACUUCGCCAAUGUGCAGGAGCAGGCCUCAUGGGUGUGCCAGUGCGAGGAGGGUGUAGUACAGCGGCUGGAGCAGGACUUCAAGCUGACCCUGCAGCAGCAGAGCUCCCUGGACCAGUGGGCCAGCUGGCUAGACAAUGUGGUCACCCAGGUCCUGAAGCAGCAUGCGGGCAGCCCCAGCUUCCCCAAGGCCGCCCGGCAGUUCCUGCUGAAAUGGUCCUUUUACAGCUCCAUGGUGAUCCGAGACCUGACCCUGCGCAGCGCUGCCAGCUUCGGCUCCUUCCACCUCAUCCGGCUGCUCUACGAUGAGUACAUGUUCUACCUGGUGGAGCACCGGGUCGCCGAGGCCACUGGGGAGACGCCCAUUGCUGUGAUGGGAGAGUUCAACGAUCUGGCCUCCCUGUCGCUGACACUGCUGGACAAAGAUGACAUCAGCGAGGCCCACUCGGAGACCCGAGGACGGGGCGAGCCCCUGGUGAAGCGGGAGCGCAGCGACCCCAACCACCCCCUGCAGGGCGUCUAGCUGGGCCCCCAGCUCCAGGCCCGAGCUCCACCACAAUAGUGCCUCUUAGACAAGUGACCUUUACUCCGAGUCCAGGGGCCCUGGGUCAGGGUGCCCAUAAAAGACACCCUCUUCCUCAAGAGAAAAAUCGCUGUGACCCUGGAGGAAUUGCGUGCCAGGUGCCCAGGGACUGAGCUGCACACUGGGGCACCCAGCUCACCUUCUCCUCCUCCUGAAUCUCCUCCCUCUUCGGCACACACCCCAACUCAGAGCUGGAAGGGGCUGGGCAGUGUUGGCCAGUCGCUGCCUCCCCUCCCAGCUGGGAACUCCAGUGGCCCCAGGGAGGAAGAGGGUGUCCCGCAGCCCCCCUCGUGCCCUGCAGAGGGCAGGGGCCGUCUUGAUCCUUGCCUCGUGGCCUGCUGCCCAGCUGGUCCCCGAGAGCCUGGUCUCUAGAUGCCAAAGGGUUCAGAAGCAGCUGCCAAAUGAUCCCUGGACGGGGCUAAGCCCACAGCCCGUGGCUCAAGAAUCAGUCACCAAAACAGGCUCUCUGGUGCCAAGACCCAGUGGGACCUUUACGUCAAACCCAGAAGCUUGAUCUGCAACCGGAAGGAUUGGGAUUCUGCCCAAGUUCACAGCCAACAUCAAGCUCAACAAGUGAGGUCUGGAAUGAGUUUGUUCCAAGGAGUUCGGGAGAUCAGUGUCCCCUCAGCGCCUUCAGAGGGCAGCCCGUCCAGCCAAGCCUGUGUAUGAACAGCUGUGUCUAAGCCCCGCUUCACAGAACCUUCCAGAUUGCCUGCCUUUGAAGUAGCGAUCCCUGAGUGCUAUGACUCCAGCAGGUCCCAUCUUGAACUGUCAGAGUCUAAACUCUUCUCUGGGGACAAAUGAACCCCAAGGCCCGGCCCAGCCCUGAAGUCUAUGCGUGCGUGUCUGCGUGCCUCAUAAUUUAACCCGUUGCACCAAUGGGCCUGGCCCAGAGGGCUGACCCCACAGCAGCUGCAGAGAAGACGACAAGCCUCUGGUCUAGGAAGGCCCGGCUUCGUUUCUCUUUUUGAAAAUAUGUUCAUACCGAUAGUUUUGUGCUCUAAUUGUUAUUAGAACGUUCCUUAUGAAUGUGUAUAUGGCAGUAUAUCCGGUCCCCAACGGUGUUUUCUCAUGUGUGUAGAAGGUACUAAUGGAAACUCAACGUGGCCUUGCAAACCCUGCUUCUCGACAAGCAGCGCUGUGCAUCCGUGUCCUCGAAUGCACUGGGCAGGGAGCUGAGGGGAAAGAUGAGAAAUCUCAUUCUAAGGAACCAGCGGCCUGUGGUGGUGAUCACCAAGUGCAUCUCCUCUCAAGACUGCAGGCUCAGAUGAACUCAGACAAAAAGAAUGUCUUUAAAGAUAUGUCUGCUUUCCUGGGAGAUGGUCAAGUUCAUGGUUCCUGGAUGGUCAUGCCUGCCUCUUCCUCCACGUUUCUGCCUUACGCCCUGUCUAGUCCUUUGCUGGAUUCCAUGAGGAGGAAUAUAAACGACAUAAAGACAGCAGACUUUCGAGCCCAUUCUUGUUUUUCAUUGCAAUAAACCCACUGAAUGUA